AUGCAAAGCUUAGCAAGAGCUAAAGAUAUUCUAGAUGGCACCUAUAAGUCUGGUAGCAGAAGAGAUAAAAGGUUUUCUAGCAAGGAUUUGGACUAUCCAGAGGAAGAAGAUAAAGACGAAGAAUAUCAAUCACAUUCAAACAUCAAUGGAGAUAAUUAUAAUGAUCUAAGUUAUAGAUCGGCUUAUAAUUAUGAAAAAUCUUUUUCUCCACAGAGAAAAUCUGAAAAUAUAAGACCAUCUCAAGAGUUUACCGAUACUAAGAUGAAUGAUCAUGAUAAGAAAAAAUAUAUAAUCUCCGAAGAAGAUUAUAUAUUAUUACAAAAACUUAAAAAGCAAAAUCCUGAUGCAUUUACUGACAAUGAUUUUAGUGUUGAAACUUAUCACAAAGAUACUUUAGCCGAUCAAAGAAAAUUAUACCCAAGCAGGGGUCAACCAAGAAAAAUAUAUGAAUCUGAUAUAGAUAUGCAUCAUCAUCGUAACUAUUCGAGACAUACUACCAAUAGUACCGAAUUAAUUAAUAGAUCUAAUGAAUAUAAAGGAAAUAACAAGGAUGAAAAUGAUCGUGCAAGCACACCUACUCUACCAAGACGAAGCUAUAAGGUUGAUUCGCAUGCAUGUUUAAAUAAUAGAAGAAGAAAUAAAUCGAUCUCAGAGUUUGAAGGAGAGUCAAGAAAUAAGGAUGUAGAAAGAGAACAAGUUAAUAAAAAAGACAACAUACUAUCUGAAAGAGAUCAUAAUCAUCAUUUCUUUCAAUUUUCUGACUUAAAAAUUAAAAAUAGAGAAAAAAUCAAUUAUGAGAAAUUAGAAAAUAUGAUCCGAAUUACAGAUGAAAGAUCUCGUUCUCCAAUUGUUCUUUCAAAUAAUGAGCAAGAUUCUGAUUCUGAUUCCAACUAUAUAUCAGACACAGAUUCAAACUCUAACUUGGAUUUGGAUUCUGAUUCAAAUAAAGGUAAAAAAAUUCCACCUCCUUUACCUAAAAAAGCGUCCAGAGUUGUAUCAAAUGAUAUGAAAAGUGCAUUGGAUAAUAGAAACAUGGAUCCACUUCAAUCAGAGGCUAAGAUAAAACCAGAAGUACCACCUAAGCACAGAUCUAGCUCCAAAAUCUCCAAUACUGAACCAAUCUCCCUAUUAAAUUCUAAAAAAGUACCGCCCCCUGUUGUGAGCAGAGGUGCAAAAUCAGCGUCUAAAAGUAUUGAUACUUUAGAAACGACAAAACUCCCACAUACACCUUCAAAAUAUAAUAAUGUUGAAGAUACGAACGAAAGUAAUAUUAAUAGUUCAUCACCAUUACCGCCAGUAAACAGAAAAAGUAAACCCAUCGGAUUUAUGGAUUCUUUAUCUAAAAAUGGAUUAACAAAUGCUUCAAAAAAAUCAACUAAUAAAACAACAUCUCCAAUAUUAAAGCCUUCUUCUCAUCCAGACUUUUUGGAAUCUAUGAAUAAUAAUGAAAAAUCCUCAAAAAUCAUGUCUUCUACAAAUGUUUCGCCUUUGAGGACCAAUAAAUAUGAUUACCUUGACUCGUUACAAAAAAAAGAGCCCCAUUCUUCCCAAUCAAAUUUAUCCUCACCUACUAAGACUACCACUCCUUCACGAAAAAUUCCAAGAUCAGAUAGUUUUAUUACAUCUGCUGUUGCAAGUUCAAAAAAUCCAGAUACCUUGGAAGAUAAUUCUUUAAAGCCAGAACUGCCAUCAAAGCCAAAAAAUUUGAGAAAAAUUGACGGUUCAAAAAGGAUUGAUAAACCGAAGGAAGAAUUGACCACAUUAGAGAAAGAAUUUAGUUCAAUGACUUUGAAAUCUGUAGACAAAAAUCCACCAAAACCGCCUCCAAAGAAAAAUGAUUUAUUGUUGCCAAAAUUAAGAUCUAUUGAAAGAGCAAAUACUAAAGGCAAGUCGCUUACACCGAACACUGACAAGAUGGAGGAGCAAAUUGUUCUGAAAAAGACCGCACCUAAUGUUUCGAAGAGAAAGCCAACUUUACCUGAAGCUUUGCAAAAAGCCAAUCAUUUGAAAAAAUCUGUAAAUUCCUUGGUUGAAAGCAAAGAUUCAUAUACUUCUAAGGAGUUAGAAGAAACUAUAAAUAAGCGUAGUGCUCUGAAAUCACCGCCUAUUGUUCCAGAGAGAAAAAUCUCGAUGCCAGAGGCUCUUAAAAAGGCUCAGCUACUGAAGGAAAAGAAGAAAAUCGCAAAUGAAUCUCAAGCCAGGGACGAUAUUUUUAAAGAAACCUCUAAUGUACCAAAAAAUACUUUCGAACUUAAAAAAGCUGCAACUAUGGAAAGUUUAGAAGCUGUUUUAAUGGCGCAACGCAUGCAUGGGAAAAAUUCAACAUCAUCCAGAUCAUCUGUUACUAAGUCUGAUUCAAAUAAUAGUAGUUCCAGUACUUCUUCUGGUAAUUCUCCACUAUUUGACAAUUCUACGAAGUAUUCAUCUUCAACAAGCUCUACAACUGAACUGGAUAAAAAUUGUACCAAGCCAUUAAGAUCUCUGACCAAAAAUAGAGCUCGUGGUCCUAAAAGACAUUUACCUAGUGGCAUUAAAUAA